AUGAGUCGUAAUAGAUUCGAACUGUUAUUGCAGAAUCUGCAUUUCGUUGACAACGAAACUGCAGAUACCACCGAUAGAAUCUAUAAAAUACGCAGUCUGAUAGAUACGUUAAAUAACUCAUUUCGACGGUACUAUUCGCCUAAAGAAGUAGUUUGUGUCGACGAAAGUCAAGUGCCUUACCGCGGGCGAUUGAUCUUUAGGCAAUAUAAUAAGAGCAAACGGCACAAAUAUGGAAUAAAGCUGUUCAAACUGUGCACAACACCAGGUUAUACUUGUAAAUUAGAACUUUACGCUGUUAAAAACCACGAACAGCUGAAUACAACGCCUAAAAACGUUGUCAUGUCACUGUGUAAAGAAAUACUUGAUUUGGGGCACACCUUAGCUACGGAUAAUUGGUAUACGAGUUUGGAUUUAGCCAAUGAACUUCUAGAUAGGUAUACUCAUUUAGUAGGCACACUGAGAAAAAAUAGAAAGGGCUUGCCCAAACAAGUUAUUGAUGCAAAACUCAAACCAGGCGAAUCUGUAGCAAUGGAAAACGAACGCGGUAUAACAGUGUUGCACUGGAAGGAUAAACGAAGUGUAUUCAUGCUCUCCACUAAACACUCUAAAGGAUUUGCUAGUGUGCAUAAAAAAGGAAAAGUGAUUCGAAAACCGAAGAUGGUUAUAGCAUAUAAUAAAGCAAAAGAAUCUGUAGACGUGAGCGAUCAGAUGAGCGCGUAUUCAUCACCAUUGAGAAAAACCAUAAAAUGGUAUAAGAAAUUAGGCAUCGAAUUAAUUUUAAAUACGGCUGUGGUAAAUGCCUGGAUCAUGUUUUGCGAAAAUAUAACUCAACAAGGAAUUGUAGAAUUCCGACGUCAAUUAGUGGAAUAUCUAGUAGACUCUGGUAAAAAUGAAACCGAAAAUGAAUCUAUUUCUAAGACACCAAAAAGACUAAAACAUGCAUUAAAAGCAAAGGAAGGCAAAGUAAGGCAAUCCAGGCGCUUCUGUGUAGAAUGCCACAAAACCAGUGUCACGACGUUUGGAUCAAGACUUGCUAAAAACAAGGCAAAAAAGUGGCAACCUAUUGUCCUGAAUGUCCUGGACUAA